AUGUCCAACUUCCAGCCCCCUCCGCCUCCUCCAGGCUGGGGCCCUCCUCCUCCACCACCGCCUCCUCCAGGUCCUCCAUCCGACGACUUCCUGCCGCCCCCUCCUGGAGCUCCCGCUCCUCCCCCACCAGGCUACCAACCGCCCACGAACCCGCAAAUCGCCAAGUUCGCCCAGAAGAAGAAGGAAUGGCUUCGCAUGCAGAGGAAUCGCUUUGGCGAGAAGCGCAAGAGCGGCUUCGUGGAGACACAAAAGGCCGACAUGCCCCCCGAGCAUCUGCGCAAGAUCGUCAAGGACAUUGGUGAUGUCUCCCAGAAGAAGUACACAAGUGACAAGCGAAGCUAUCUCGGCGCCUUGAAGUUCAUGCCCCAUGCUGUCAUGAAGCUUCUCGAGAACAUGCCCAUGCCUUGGGAGUCUGCCCGCGAUGUCAAGGUUCUGUACCACGUCAACGGUUGCUUGACCCUGGUGAACGAGAUCCCCAGAGUCAUCGAGCCCGUCUACCAUGCCCAGUGGGCCACCAUGUGGCUGACCAUGCGGAAAGAGAAGAGCGAUCGUCGGCUGUUCAAGCGCAUGAGAUUCCCGCCGUUUGACGACGAGGAGCCACCGCUGUCUUGGUCCGAGAACAUCGAGGAUGUGGAGCCGCUCGAGCCUAUUCAGAUGGAGUUAGACGAGGAGGAAGAUGCCGCCGUCUAUGAGUGGUUCUACGAUCACAGACCACUGUUGGACACAUCACACGUCAACGGCCCAAGCUACAAGACAUGGAAUAUGAACCUCCAGCAAAUGGCGGCUUUACAUCGUCUAAGUCGGCCACUCUUGAGCGAGAACUACGACCCCAACUACUUCUACCUUUUCGAAAUGAAGGGUUUCCUUACCGCCAAGGCACUGAAUGUUGCUCUCCCUGGUGGCCCCAGGUUUGAACCCCUGUACAAGGACAUUGAUCCCAAUGAUGAAGACUUCGGCGAGUUCAACGCCAUCGAUAGGAUCAUCUUCCGGAACCCCAUCCGGACUGAGUCGCGGGUCGCGUAUCCAUACUUGUACAACUCACUACCUCGCAGUGUUCACUUUAACUGGUUUUCACACCCCCAGGUCGUGUACACAAAGACGGAAGAUCCUAGUUUGCCAGCGUUCCUCUUCGAUCCCUCUAUCAACCCCAUUUCAUCCCGCUCUGUGGCACCCAAGAACAGUGCCGUCAGUCAUGAAGAUGAGCUCUUCGGGCCAGGUAGUAACGAGGAACCCGAAGAAGAUGCGUUUGAGCUUCCUGCUGGCGUCGAGCCGUUCUUGGCCGACGAAGAGUUGUACAAUGAGGAUACUUCUGCUGCCAUCGGUCUUUGGUGGGCACCCUUCCCCUUUGACCGACGAUCGGGCCGCAUGGUUCGUGCUCAAGACGUGCCUCUUGUGAAGCAGUGGUACCUUGAGCAUUGUCCUCCCAAGCAGCCUGUCAAAGUCAGGGUGUCCUACCAGAAGCUGCUCAAGACAUAUGUGUUGAAUGAGUUGCACAAGAAGAAGCCAAAGGCUAUCAACAAGCAAAACCUGCUCAAGAGCUUAAAACAGACCAAGUUCUUCCAACAGACCACCAUCGACUGGGUUGAAGCAGGUCUUCAAGUCUGCCGACAGGGUUUCAACAUGCUCAAUCUCCUGAUCCACCGCAAGAACCUGACGUAUCUGCAUCUUGACUACAACUUCAACUUGAAGCCCGUCAAGACGCUGACUACCAAGGAGCGAAAGAAGUCGCGUUUCGGAAAUGCGUUCCAUCUGAUGCGUGAGAUCUUGCGUCUUACCAAGCUCAUCGUCGAUGCACAAGUACAAUACCGCCUUGGCAACAUUGAUGCUUUCCAGCUGGCUGAUGGCAUCCUGUACGCGUUCAAUCAUGUUGGCCAGCUGACUGGUAUGUACAGAUACAAGUACAAACUUAUGCACCAGAUCCGAUCCUGUAAGGAUUUGAAGCACUUGAUCUACUACCGCUUCAACAGUGGCCCUGUUGGCAAGGGACCUGGUUGUGGUUUCUGGGCGCCUGCCUGGAGGGUGUGGCUGUUCUUCAUGCGAGGUAUCAUACCCUUGCUUGAGAGAUGGCUUGGAAACUUGCUAUCCCGUCAAUUCGAGGGUCGUCAUAGUAAAGGAGUUGCCAAGACAGUCACGAAGCAGCGUGUUGAAUCACACUACGAUCUCGAAUUGCGUGCUUCAGUCAUGGCUGAUCUCAUGGACAUGAUGCCCGAGGGUAUCAAGCAGAACAAGGUCAACACCAUCUUGCAGCACCUUUCGGAAGCCUGGAGAUGCUGGAAGAGUAACAUCCCCUGGAAGGUCCCUGGCCUGCCUGCACCGAUCGAGAACAUCAUUCUGCGUUACGUCAAGUCGAAGGCUGAUUGGUGGAUCUCGGUCGCCCACUACAAUCGCGAGAGAAUUAGAAGAGGUGCCACGGUUGACAAGACCGUCGCGAAGAAGAAUGUCGGUCGCCUGACCCGUCUCUGGUUGAAGGCUGAGCAAGAACGUCAGCACAACUACCUGAAGGAUGGUCCCUACGUGUCGUCUGAGGAGGCUGUCGCUAUCUACACAACCACAGUGCAUUGGCUAGAGUCCCGAAAGUUUACCCCCAUCCCCUUCCCUAGUGUCUCCUACAAGCACGAUACCAAGAUCUUGAUUCUUGCCCUUGAAAGAUUACGCGAAGCCUACUCUGUCAAGGGACGUCUCAACCAGAGCCAACGUGAGGAGCUUGCUCUGAUCGAGCAGGCGUAUGAUAGCCCAGGUACGACUUUGGAGCGCAUUAAGCGUUUCCUUCUUACUCAGCGGGCCUUCAAAGAGGUGCAGAUUGACAUGAACGACAAUUACAACACAAUCAAUCCUGUAUAUGACAUCGAGCCGAUUGAAAAGAUCAGUGACGCAUACCUUGAUCAGUACCUCUGGUACCAAGCUGACCAGCGACACUUGUUCCCUGCAUGGAUCAAGCCAUCAGACUCCGAAGUACCACCACUACUGGUGUACAAGUGGGCUCAGGGCAUCAACAAUCUGGACAGGGUAUGGGAAACAGCAGAUGGCGAGUGCAAUGUCAUGAUUGAGACCGAAUUGUCCAAAGUCUACGAAAAGAUCGAUCUGACCCUGCUGAAUCGUCUUCUGAGAUUAAUCAUGGACCACAACCUCGCAGACUACAUCAGUGCCAAGAACAAUGUCCAACUAACUUACAAGGACAUGAACCAUGUCAAUAGUUACGGUAUGAUUCGUGGUCUUCAGUUCUCCGGUUUUGUCUUCCAGUACUAUGGUCUCGUCCUGGAUCUCCUGCUUCUGGGUCUGAACAGAGCCAGCGAGAUCGCUGGUCCUCCCAACAGCCCGAACGACUUCCUGCAAUUCCGUGACCAGGACACCGAGACCAAACACCCCAUUCGUCUGUAUACUCGAUACGUCGACAAGAUCUGGGUGUUCCUUCGAUUCACUGCGGAAGAGUCCAGAGAUCUUAUUCAGAGGUUCCUGACCGAGCAACCGGAUCCCAACUUCGAAAACGUCAUCGGCUACAAGAGCAAGAAGUGCUGGCCACGUGACUCGAGAAUGCGCCUAAUGAGACACGAUGUCAACCUUGGUCGGGCUGUAUUCUGGGACUUGAAGAAUCGAUUGCCUCGAUCUGUUACCACCAUUGAAUGGGAUGACACUUUCGCUAGUGUCUACAGCAGAGACAACCCAAAUCUCCUGUUCUCGAUGUGUGGGUUCGAGGUUCGCGUGCUGCCAAAGAUCAGAAACCAGAAUGAUGAGUUCCCGAUUAAGGACAGCGUCUGGUCUCUUGUGAACAACACGACCAAGGAGCGCACGGCGCACGCCUUCCUUCAAGUGACAGAAGAGGAUAUCCAGAAGUUCAACAACCGUAUCCGACAGAUUCUCAUGUCAUCUGGUUCCACUACUUUCACCAAGAUCGCCAACAAGUGGAACACAGCUCUGAUUGCUUUGUUCACGUACUAUCGUGAAGCAGCCGUGUCGACUGUCAACCUCCUUGAUACCAUCGUCAAAUGUGAGACCAAAAUCCAGACAAGAGUCAAGAUUGGUCUCAACUCCAAGAUGCCUUCCCGUUUCCCGCCCGCUGUCUUUUACACGCCAAAGGAGCUUGGUGGUCUCGGUAUGAUCUCUGGGUCGCACAUUUUGAUCCCAGCCAGCGACAAGAGGUGGUCUAAGCAGACUGAUGUUGGUGUCACGCACUACCGUGCUGGUAUGACGCAUGACGAAGAGACACUCAUUCCCAACAUCUUCCGAUAUAUUAUCCCUUGGGAGGCUGAGUUCAUUGACUCUCAGCGUGUCUGGACUGAGUAUUCUCAGAAGCGACUGGAAGCCAACAACCAGAACCGUCGCCUGACUCUCGAGGAUCUCGAGGACAGCUGGGACCGUGGUCUCCCUCGUAUUAACACCUUGUUCCAAAAGGACCGAAGCACCCUCAGCUUUGACAAAGGUUUCCGUUUACGAAGCGAAUUCAAGAUAUACCAGCUGAUGAAGAGCAACCCGUUUUGGUGGACAAGUCAGCGACACGAUGGAAAGUUGUGGAACCUCAACGCCUACCGAACCGAUGUCAUUCAAGCCCUUGGUGGUGUCGAAACGAUUUUGGAGCACACCUUGUUCAAGGCAACCGGAUUCCCAUCCUGGGAGGGUCUUUUCUGGGAGAAAGCGAGCGGUUUCGAGGAGUCGAUGAAAUUCAAAAAGCUUACUAAUGCCCAAAGAUCCGGUCUGAACCAGAUCCCCAACCGUCGUUUCACUCUUUGGUGGUCACCCACAAUCAAUCGAGCCAACGUCUAUGUUGGUUUCCAGGUCCAGCUUGAUCUUACCGGUAUUUUCUUGCACGGAAAGAUCCCAACUCUGAAGAUCUCGCUCAUCCAGAUCUUCCGUGCUCAUUUGUGGCAGAAAAUCCAUGAGUCUGUUGUCAUGGAUCUUUGCCAGGUGUUCGACCAAGAACUUGAGUCUUUAGGUAUCGAGACAGUGCAAAAGGAAACCAUCCAUCCGAGAAAGUCGUACAAGAUGAACAGUUCCUGCGCCGACAUCUUGCUCUUCGCCAGCAACAAGUGGAAUGUCACAAAACCUUCGCUUCUUUAUGACACGAAGGACACCAUCGAGCCCAUCACUACGAACAAGUUCUGGCUCGACGUGCAACUGAGAUAUGGUGAUUACGACUCUCAUGAUAUUGAGCGUUACACACGUGCCAAGUAUCUCGACUACACAAACGACAGCAUGAGUAUCUACCCAUCGCCCACCGGUCUCAUGAUUGGUAUCGAUCUGGCAUACAACUUGUACUCGGCUUAUGGUCAAUACUUCCCCGGUCUGAAGGUCCUGGUACAACAGGCCAUGGCCAAGAUCAUGAAGGCUAACCCUGCCCUGUACGUCCUACGUGAGCGUAUCCGAAAGGGUCUGCAGCUCUAUGCAUCCGAGAGCAACCAGGAGUUCCUGAACUCGCAGAAUUACUCGGAGCUCUUCAGCAACCAGACGAAGCUCUUCAUCGAUGACACCAAUGUGUAUCGUGUCACCAUCCACAAGACCUUCGAAGGUAACCUGACAACCAAGCCUAUCAAUGGCGCCAUCUUCAUCUUCAACCCCAGAACAGGUCAACUGUUCUUGAAGAUCAUUCACACUAGUGUUUGGGCGGGUCAGAAGCGUCUUGGUCAGUUGGCCAAGUGGAAGACCGCCGAAGAAGUAGCUGCGCUUAUUCGGUCACUGCCAGUGGAGGAGCAGCCGAAGGAGCUCAUCGUUACCCGUAAGGGUCUGUUGGAUCCUCUCGAGGUGCAUUUGCUCGACUUCCCCAACAUCUCAAUUCGUGCCUCUGAAUUGCAGCUUCCUUUCCAGGCUGCGAUGAAGGUCGAGAAGCUUGGAGACAUGAUCUUACGCGCCACUGAGCCGCAAAUGGUGCUGUUCAACCUCUACGAUGAGUGGCUCAAGAGCAUCUCUUCAUACACCGCAUUCUCCCGUUUGGUGCUGAUACUACGUGCACUCCAUGUUAACCCAGAUAAGACCAAGCUCGUUCUUCGUCCAGACAAGACUGUCAUCACACAGGAACAUCACAUCUGGCCUACCUUAUCCGACGAAGACUGGAUCAAGGUAGAAACGCAGUUGCGCGAUUUGAUCUUGCAUGACUAUGGAAAGAAAAACAAUGUCAAUGUCUCGAGUUUGACGAGCAGUGAAGUCCGAGACAUUAUCCUCGGUAUGGAAAUCUCGGCACCGUCGUUGCAGAGACAGCAGGCUGCAGAGAUUGAGCAGCAGCAGCAAGAACAGGCUCAACUCACUGCCGUUACUACAAAGACGCAAAACGUUCGAGGCGAGGAAAUCAUUGUCACGACAACAUCCCAGUUCGAGCAGCAGACGUUUGCUUCAAAAACCGAAUGGCGAACCCGUGCCAUUGCGACAUCGAACUUGCGCACGCGAUCGAACAACCUCUACGUCUCACCCGUUGAUAAUGACAAUGAUGAUACCACAUACAUUAUGCCCAGCAAUAUUCUGAAGAAGUUCAUCACCAUUGCCGACCUUCGAGUGCAAGUCGCAGGUUACCUAUAUGGUGCAUCUGCACCUGACACAGACGAUAAGGUCAAGGAGAUUCGCUGCAUUGUUAUGGUUCCACAAGUCGGUGGUUUGCGCAAUGUGACCCUGCCCCAACAGCUCCCGUCCCACGAGUAUCUGAAGGAUAUGGAGCCAUUGGGUGUAAUCCACACCAUUGCGGGCAACGAGUUACCGUACAUGUCUGCGGCCGACGUGACUGAGCACGCGCGCUUGUUGGAUCAGCAGUCCUCCAUCAGCAAGACUUCCUCAAUCACAGUGGACGUGUUUUUCACACCGGGUUCCGUGUCGCUUUCUGCAUGGAGCUUGACCCCCGACGGUUUCUCGUGGGGUGCUGAGAACAAGGAUUUGGGCAGCGAUCAGCCCCAGGGCUUCUCAACAAGCAUGGGUGUUAAGAAGCAGCUGCUGCUCAGUCCCAAGUACAAGGGUUUCUUCCUAGUGCCCGAGAAUGGCAAGUGGAACUACAGCUUCAUGGGCGCUGGAUUUGACGCGCUGUUGAAGAAGAAGGUCGAUGUCAAGCUCGAUACUCCUAUCGGUUUCUACGCGGAUGUACACCGACCGCUACACUUCCAGAACUUUGCUGAGCUUGAGGAGGUCGGUGUUGAUCGAGAGGAUCAAUUCGCAUAG